CUCAGUUCGAGUUUGAGACGCGCGCGCAUACUGUUGUGUUGUGUGUGCUCUUCUGCGGCCGUCUGGUGUUGCGGAAUCUUCAAUUAUAGUCUAAGCGUGCUCACGAUCGUGACUUGUUCAGUGUCAGCGUGACUCGAGUGUAUGCAGGACGGUAUUGGAUGUCCGUGAAAAUCCACGUUGGCCAGUGUGUGUGUGUGUGUGAAAGUGGUUGUUGAAGUCUCUUCGGCUCAAGUUCGCCCGUUCUAUCGUUAGGGAAAGGAAGUUUGGAUUUGGCCGCGGGCUACGGUCAGGUGUGACAGGGCCCCUCUUUCAUUCGUACCACCACCACCACCCUCCUUUACCUUUGAGGGUUGUGAGAAAGACCGUGGGAAAUGGUUUCUUUGUCGUCCGCAAGGCCGGAAUGCUAACGUUUAGAUGGAAGAAAUGAAGCAUUGGAAUUGACUCGAUUUAUUUGAUUGCAUUAUAUUCCUAUCGCCGAAGAGAGUGAGAGAAAUCAAACAACAAGUUCGAUCCAACAACAGGAGGAAAAACGACAACGAAAAUGCCUCGCGUCAAGGCCCAACACCUGGGAUUAUUACCGAGUGUGUUGCUGCUGUUCCUUUGUCAACACAUUUCGUCUGCGGACAACAUGCAGUCGCCCCGUUUCGUCACUCAACCAUCCGCUUCGGCGAGCAUCGUCAGCGAAGGCCGGGCCAAAUUCCUUCAGUGUCAAGCCGUUGGCUACCCGCAGCCGGAAUACAGAUGGAUGAAAGAUGGCUCCUUUCAGACGGAAUUCUCAUCGGAACCGGUUUACAAAAUUCAGUCCAUCCGACGCGAGGACGCUGGCGUUUACCAAUGCGUAGCUCGUAACGCUGUCGGAUCCAUAUUCAGCGAGCAAGUUCAAGUCCUUGUCGCCUACAUGAGUCCCUUUAGCGACCAGACGGAAACGUCGCUGACUAUCCAGACAGGCGAUGCCGCCGUCCUGGAAGUGCAGGCCCUAGAGUCUCAGCCCAAACCGGCCGUGACUUGGGAAGCUGAAGACGGAGCGCCGCUCUACGGACACAAAUAUGCCAUCGGUCCUGAUAACCAACUAGUUAUCCUGUCGGCAUCUGAAAGCGACCAGAAACUUUACCGGGCUCACGUAACAAACACGCAGCUGGGUCAAGAAGAGCUGAGCGGAGGAGUUCGAUUAGUGGUUCGCGGUAAUAGCGAAACCGAUGACGUGCCGGCCCGCAUCGUCAUCGCGCCCCGAGAUACGGAAGUGGUUCGCGGCUCUCCCGUCACUGAACUUCAUUGCAUAGCCAAUGCCAGGUCGCUGUAUCACUUGGAAACCCUGUGGUUUAAAGAUGAUGAGCCAAUCGAAAACUCUGGAGUUGGGCACACAUUCAACGAUUUAUGGAAUCGAACUCUCUCCCUGCUCAACGCCGAUCCCAGCCAUUCCGGCCGCUAUAGUUGCAGAGUUUCCACCAAAUCGCUGCGAUCCGAACCCGUCACGGCCGGCGCCAACGUCACCAUUCUUGAAAAACCCGUUCUUUUGGAGAAGGUAUCAUUGGAGACGUUGGGCGAUUUCGGUCGGAUCUCUUCGCUACCCUGCCGUGCCCGCGGAGUGCCCACUCCAUCCGUCAAGUGGUACAGGAAUGUCGUCGACGUGACAUCCUUACCAGGGAACAAGUAUUUUGUGGCGGAAGAUGGAUCGCUCAAGAUCCAGAAGCUCGCCAUGGAGGAUGGCGGCAUGUUCCAGUGCGUCGCAUCCAAUAGCGCCGGUCAAGCUACGGCUUACACAUGGCUCAAGGUUAAAAAAGAUGAACGCGAUUCGUUCAAACUAAUCAACGUUGUCCGGUUACGACCAAACGAUUUACCUGACCGAAGCAAGGAAUCUGGGGGCUCGUCUCUUUUCUUUGCCUCGGCUCCCGUCAUGGAAUCUCCGCCAGAAAACCGGACAGUCCGUGACGGCCGUGAUGAAACAUUUAGCUGCAAAGCAGGAGGAGCUCCCACUCCCAACAUAACGUGGAUCUUUAAUGACACGACCGUCCUAGUACCCUCUGGCCGGGUUCAAAUACUCGAGGACGGAUCUUUGUUGAUUGCCGCCGUGCGUGCCAAUGAUGCGGGAAAAUACACUUGCAUCAGAACAAACGAAGCCGGUAGUGUCGAGGAUUCUGCCCUCCUCUCCGUCUUGGUGCGCACGCAAAUCGUCCAACCACCAGUGGAUACUCGAGUGAUUCUUGGUCACGUGGCCACUAUGCAGUGCAGGGUGUCUGGCGACUCGUCCGUUUCCUACAGCGUUCAAUGGCGACAUGAAAAUAAGGUUAUCGAUCCGCUUCGCAGUCAGCGGAUCCAAGUCCUUGCCGAUGGCACUCUGCAGAUUGCCGAGGCUAGGGCCUCGGAUGUGGGUACCUACGCCUGUCACGUGACAUCAGCCGGCGGAGACGACUCGCGAAUUGCCAAGCUCUACGUUAUCGAACUGCCGUAUCCUCCGAACGGAGUGGCCGCCUCACGAUUGGGCAACGGCAAAAUGGUCAACGUCUCGUGGAUCGCGGGAUUCGACGGCAACAGUCCAAUCUCCAAGUUUAUCAUCCAAAAACGCGUCGUACCCGUCACCGGCCCAAUACCCGACACGGUUAACAGUUGGACAACGGAAAUAGCCAACGUGUCGGCCGACGUUCGAUGGAUUGAUUUACCCUCGCUCAAGGCCGCUGCUGCCUACCAAUUCCGCGUCAGCGCCGUCAAUAGCGUAGGGGAAGGCCAGCCGUCCGAACCGAGCAACAGAGUCACUCUACCGCAAGAAGCUCCUUCCGGGCCGCCAGUGGGACUAGUUGGCUCGGCUCGCUCGGCCUCCCAAAUUAUGAUUCAAUGGCAGCCGCCCGACGAGGAGCACCGCAAUGGAAUGAUUACCGGCUACAUGGUGCGUUAUCGCCUGCACGGCUACGGCGACAACAGCCCCUGGUCUUACCGCAACAUAACAAACGAAAAUCAACGGAAUUAUUUGAUCGAGGAUUUAAUCACUUGGAAAGAUUACGAAAUUCAAAUGGCUGCAUUUAAUCGCAUAGACGUUGGAAAGUUUAGCAAAUCCAUCACGGUCAAGACUCGAGAAGGAACCCCUGAAGCGGCUCCCACUCAAGUGCGAGCGGAAGCCGUCAAUUCGACCACCAUUCGAGUGUGGUGGAAACCACCCGAUCCUCAGCUGAUCAACGGCAUUAAUCAGGGCUACAAGCUUCAAGCCUGGAGAGGUGAUAAUCAAGUGGCGGAGAAGACCGUCACAGUUCCACCCAGUCCGUUUGAUCCAUUGGCGGAGCAAACUGCUUUGGUGGAUGGCGUCCAGAAAUAUACCGAAUACCAGAUAACGGUCCUCUGCUUCACAUCGCCGGGCGACGGGCCACACAGCGGUCACGUGACAGUCAAAACCGCCGAAGAUGUUCCGGAUGAGGUGUCUAGCCUCCGCUUCGACGAGAUCAGCGAUCGUUCCGUCCGCGUCUCUUGGUCUCCGCCCGAAAAAGAUAACGGCAAGUUGACGGGUUACACUGUUCGCUGGUCUGUCAAAGACAUGCCGCAUACCCUCAAAGUGAAAAACGUCACCGGAGAUGUUUCCAGCCUAGUCGUCAACAGCCUACAGCCAACGACACACUACACUUUCGAGGUAGCCGGUUGGACCAGCAGCGGCAUGGGUGCUAUUAAAACAGCUACAAUUCAAUCGGGUAUCGAACCGGUUCUGCCAGGAGCUCCGACAAGACUAGCCGUUUCCAACAUUGAAGCCUUCUCUGUCGUUCUCCAAUUCACGCCGGGCUUCGAUGGCAAUUCUUCGGUCACCAAGUGGACAGUUCAGGCCCAGUCAUUACGUAACAGCACGUGGGACACGAUUUGGGAGGUGACCGAUCCAGAGGCAACCACACUAACUGUUAGUAACUUGACGCCGUUCAUGGAGUAUGCCCUUCGCCUUGUGGCUAAUAAUGUAGUAGGGCCUUCGCCGCCGUCGGAGCCCACUAAACGUUUCCAAACUAUUCAAGCUCCUCCGUCGCACGCUCCAUUUAACGUUACCGUACGGGCUGUCAGUGCCACUCAGCUGCGUGUCAGAUGGACGCCUUUGCAACAAAUUGAAUGGUACGGCGUGCCCCGCGGUUAUAACGUCUCGUACCGUCGGGCAAACGCCGAUACGCCUCUCGACGCCGUCAGCAUCGAAGACCAUAACGCCAACUCCUUUGUUCUGGAAGAUCUGGAGGAGUUUACCAUUUAUCAGGUUAUCGUUCAGGCGUAUAACGAUGUUGGCACGUCACAACCCAGUCCGCCGGCUACCGAACGCACCCGAGAAGCCACUCCGAGUUCGGGACCGAAGACUGUUUCGGCUAACGAAACAUCAUCGACGACGAUCGUGGUGCGUUGGAACGAAGUUGACCUCCUCCACCGCAACGGCAUCAUCGAGGGCUAUAAAGUCUAUUACGGAGCGCUCAACGUGCCCUUCCGCUACAAGAAGGUGCCGAGCAACGCCACUUUCACGACCACGCUAACGGAACUUCGCAAGUUCACCCAAUACUCGAUCCAAGUUUUGGCUUACACUCGCAUUGGAGACGGAGUCCUUUCCGUGCCGCCGAUCGUUGUUCAAACUAUGGAGGAUGUUCCUGGCGUGCCGUCAAAUGUGUCGUUUCCCGACGUGUCCUUCUCGAGUGCCCGUGUCAUUUGGGACGUUCCAGCCGAACCGAAUGGCGAAAUUCUUGCUUACCGGGUGACAUAUUUCAUCGACUCGACACAGGCGACAAAUACGAGCAAAGAGUUUUCUCCGUCGGACCGAACUUACCGCGUCACCAAUCUGGAAGCAGAGCAGUUUUAUAUGUUCCAUAUUGCGGCCAAGACGUCGCUGGGCUGGGGCCAAGCCGCCCGGGCGCUAGUCUACACGACCAACAGCCGCGAUGCUCCUCAGCCUCCGUCAGCACCGCACGUCAGCCCCUCACAAAUUCAAAGUCAACAAAUCACGUUUAGUUGGGCUCCUGGAAGAGACGGCUUCGCUCCGUUGAGAUAUUACACUGUUCAAUACCGAGGAGACUCCAGUGGGCCGUGGCAGACGGUUAAUGAACGUGUAGAGCCCACCGUUACAUCCUACACUGUACACGCAUUGAAACCAUUUACUGCUUAUCAAUUCCGGAUCCAGGCUAUCAACGAUAUCGGUCCGAGUGGAUGGAGUUCAGAAUCGGAAGUAGUUCGAACACUACCCGCCGCCCCAGCUUCCGGCGUUGCUUCCGUGAAGGUGAUUCCGAUUACCACAACGAGCGUGCGAAUAGUGUGGCAUCCGUUGAGUGAGGAUGCCUGGAACGGUGACGCCCACACGGCAGCCUACCGAAUCGAUUACCGUCAAAUCACCGAUUUCCCCACACCUGCGCUCCUUCAAGGUGGUGGUCAAAAGGAAGAAAUCUAUGAUGGAAAGGCAUCUCAGAUGAUAUUGAACGACCUUGUCCGUGAUAGGAAUUACGAAAUAAUCGUCACUCCCUUCAACUCUCAAGGGCCGGGUCCUUCUUCUUCCCCAACCACCGUUUACGUAGGCGAGGCUGUACCUACCGGUGAACCACGCGAAGUGGCUGCUAUCGCCACGUCGCCUACGGAAGUGCGGCUGACGUGGGUGGCGCCUUUGGCCAGCCAGCAGAACGGUGAUUUGCUUGGCUACAAGAUCUUUUAUUUGGCAACGAGUCAAACCAUUGACAAAGAAGAGAUGGAGGUUGUGCCGGCUUCUCACGUAGCACACUCGUUGCCGUUCAUGGACAUGUUCACUGAAUAUCGCAUACAAAUCGUGGCCUUCAAUCCAGCAGGCGACGGUCCACGAUCUGUUCCAGUUACUGUUCGCACCUUACAGGGAAUUCCUGGGAGCCCUGGAUCUUUAAAAUUCAGCGACAUUACGAUGAACAGUUUGAAGGUGAGCUGGGAAGAACCCAAACAGCCCAAUGGAGAAAUCACUGGCUAUGUAGUGACUUACGAAACGGCCCAACAAGAUGAGACUUUCAGCAAGCAAGUCAAACAGAAAGUCACAACUACCUGGCUAGUGGUGGCCAAUCUAGAAGAGGAGGUCACCUACUACUUUUCCGUUCGAGCAUCCACCUUCGAUUUGGGACCACCGGCCACUGGUAAUGUAACUACUGGACCGCAAGAAGGCUCACCUGGACGGCCGAAAGAUCUUUUAAUCGCUCGAACUACUUCGUCCGUCAAUUUGCAAUGGGAAAAUGGGCCAGCCGGUAAAGGCCCCAUCGUUGGUUACUACAUUGAAAGCCGAAAGAAAGUGGUGGCGGACUGGCAAAUCAAAGAAGAUCAGUGGCAAACGGUAGCACGCACUGAUCAAGGCCCAAUGCGAGAGUACAGCGUCUCUUAUCAGAAUCUGAUGCCUUCGUCAUCGUAUACUUUCCGUAUCGUAGCUUACAACAAAUUUGGCAUCUCCUAUCCAGUCUACACUCACGAUCCGUUUCUUACACCCAGCAAAUUGUACUUGGAAUACAGUUACAGUACCCACCAAAAGCCGUUUUAUCACCAAACGUGGUUUUUGGUGACACUAGCUGCCGGCUCAGUAGUGAUUAUAACCUUGCUUGUGGCUGUUUUGUGCGUCAAGAGCAAAAGCUACAAAUAUAAACAUGAAGCUCAAAAAACUUUAGAAGAAUCGCUGACCAAUGAAGAAAUGGGUUUUGCUUUUGAAAUGCGGCAGUCAAAACGAACGGGUACAAUUGGAAGGAAUACGCUUAGUCGUCGCUCGGUUGCUGGUUCCGUUGGAGUGCUCGGCGGCGGAACACUAGGCGGUGCUUCAGCCGGGCCGUCUGUGGUCGGUAAACCACCUCCGCGACCCGCACCCUCUUCUGUCGCUUACAACAGUGACGACGAAAGCGCUCGAGGGGGUUACGAUGAAAACCCCGACGAUAGCAGUCUUACAGAAAAGCCAUCGGAAAUCAGUUCGACUGAUUCUCAGGGAUCUGAGAGUGAGCCAGAGAGUGAACGAGGUGAACCGCACUCAUUCGUAAAUCACUACGCCAAUGUAAACGAUACUUUGCGGCAAUCAUGGAAAAAACAACGACCUGUCAAAAAUUAUACUUCGUUUACUGACUCUGAACAAGAGGGGUCUACUGUAGUCAGCCUCAAUGGCGGACAAAUCGUUAUGAACAACAAAGCUAGAAGUAGAGCACCCUUACCGGGGUUCUCUUCUUUUGUGUAGUUUUUAAAUUGAUAUUUUUUUAAUGAAAAGUUUGACUUUGGACCUUUGAUAUAAAAAUUGUACUGACUCAAAAUGCGACGGAUGUCGGAAGCACUCGAAUUUUCAAGGUUUUUCUGUUUAACCGCAUAGUAAAGUGCUUCUCGUCUCACCUCACAACUUCUCAGUCGAACACGAGCCGCAAACUUGACUUAACUUCUACAUCACACAAUUUAACGUGAGCUCCCAUUUUAUGGCGAAUUGUGAUCCAAGUGUCCGUAUAUUUUGUAAAAAGAAAUUGUUUGUACCAAAUCGUCCAUCGAUUUAGUGCCUCUAUUUGUCUAGUAUCAAACUGCCUUUUUGAAUCGUUCAACAUCAUCCCUCAUUUGAACUGUAAUUCACUCUUGGGUGAACGGUUGUUUUUUUUUUCUUGUGUGUGCGCGUGGUGGUUGUAUGUCGAUGAUGUUGCAGCUAAAUUAUAUGAUCUCUUUCACUCAA